AUGUCUAAACUAUCGCGGCUGCAUGAGCUCCUACUAGUGAAAAGAACUCAACGAGAUGGCAUCGAUCGCCCAGUUGAUAUGCUGGACAAUGACUCAAUCCGACCGACACCACUAAAGGAUCGAACAUGGACCCAACUCACCUAUAUCAUGUUCUGGUUCUCUGCGACGGCGAACGUCAGCAAUUUGUACACAGCUUCCACGGGAAUGGCUAUGGGACUGACCAUGUGGGAAGCAAUCGGAUGCUCCUUCGGUGGUCAGAUCCUUGCUGGUGCCUUGAUGGCUAUCAACGGGCGUGCUGGUGCCAUGUAUCGCAUUCCGUUCCCCGUUCUUUGUCGUUCCAGCUUUGGACAUUGGGGAGCACUGUGGCCGACUUUUAAUCGUGCGGUCAUGUCAAUUGUAUGGAACGGUGUCAAUACUGUACAGGGAGGGCAAUGUUUACUUAUCAAUUGCGCAUUUUUGGUGGUGCCCGUACCAAAGAUGAAGUCUCUGGUCUAUAUCAAAGUCGUGGUCUACUUUGGCGCAGCCUUUGCUAUGCUGGGAUGGACUGUGUCUCUCGCCGGUGGCUCUCUGAAGACAAUCAAUGCGCCCUCGAAGGUUCACGGCUCCGAGAAAAGUUUUCUCAUUUUCAGGUUCCUCUUCUUGGGACUCGCAAGUUGCGGAACCUUUAUCUCCAACGCGUCUGAUCUCCAGCGAUAUGCUAGAAAGCCCAAUGACGUCCUCAUCGGCCAGUUCAUCAGCUUUCCGCUGUCCAACUUUUUGGUUGCCAUUUUGGGAAAUCUUAUCGCAUCAGCUAGCAAAGCUAUCUUUGGAGAGCUCAUCUGGAGCCCGCUUAAUUUCUUGGACAAAUUGAUGGAAGGAGAGCGAUACACCUCUGGCAACCGCGCAGCCUGUGCCUUCAUUUCUCUGGCAUUCGUUUAUUCGACUGUCUUCUCUGCCAUUUUCGAGAAUUCUAUCCCUGCGGGUAACGACAUUGCAGCCCUGCUGCCAAAAUACAUUUCAAUCAAACGAGGAUUCUUCAUCUGUGCCGUCCUCUCCUUUGCCAUCUGCCCCUGGUAUCUCCUCGCAUCAGCCUCAAUCUUCAUCACAUUCCUCUCCUCCUACCAGAUCUUCCUAUCAGCAAUUACUGGAAUUCUCAUCUGCGAUUACUACCUUAUUCGCCGAGGGCUGCUCAACAUUCCAGCCCUGUAUGUCACAAGCCCAAGUCCGUACCGAUACUUCCACGGAUUCAACCCGCGAGCAUUCUUGGCCUACGUUAUUGCGAUUGCGCCCAACUUCUAUGGGUUCCUUCACCAGAUGGGUGUCAAGGCCCCUCUAGGUAUCCAGCGAUUCUACUAUAUCGCUUACCCUACUGGUCUGAUCAUCGCAUUUGUCGUUUAUUACGUGUCAUGUUUGGCCUCCCCCCCGGCUGAUAUGAAGGAGGCAUCCGGAUGGAUAGAACCAAAAGACUUUGUGGAGGAUAAUGAUGCUUCCGGGAGUGAUGGAUAUACUAUUAAUGCUGUUGAGCCCGACUUUGCGGAGAAGGGGAAUGUUGCGGUUACUACCGCAGCUCAUGGUGGAAAGGGUUCAUUCUAA